UUUAAUCACUGGCUGAUGUGCCAGAGACACAGCAGCAGAGGAAGAGAGAGCGAGGUUUCCCUGCCUUCAACAUGGCUGUUUCCAGCUGGCUGGUUGUUCUUUCCCUGCUAUUCCUCUGGUUCUGGAAGAGCAGAAGUCCCAAAGGUUUCCCUCCGGGGCCUUGGCGCCUGCCCCUGAUUGGGAAUCUCCUUCAGGUCAGGAUGGGGAAUCUUUUGAAGGACUUGGAUCAGCUAGGAAAAAAAUAUGGUCCUGUCUUCAGUCUUUAUCUUGGAGGAACACCUGCAGUUUUUACUCAUGGAUUUCCUCCAGCAAAAGAGGUCCUCGUGAUAAAAGGCACAGAAUUUGCUGGGAGAGCAGACUUUCCUAUUAUGGAUGCCAUCACUAACAAAAACGGUUUAUUGACAAUAAAAUAUGGUGAAGCAUGGAAGGAGCAAAGAAGGUUUUCACUGAUGCUUCUCAGAAACUUUGGAGUGGGCAAGAAAUCAAUCCAAGAAAAGAUCUUGGAGGAGGCAACUUAUUUGGUUGAGGCAUUCAUUGAAAAGACAAGUGAGCCCUUUGAUCCUUAUGAGCUUGUGGACACUGCAGUCACCAACAUCAUUUCUACCAUAAUAUUUGGGAAACGUUUUGAAUAUGACAACACCUUCCUCAAAACUCUGCUGGAUGAGAUACAUCAAACUUCCAAACUGUCAGUGGGACCCUGGGCCUUGCUUUACAAUGCAGUUCCCUUGGUGAGGAGGCUUCCGCUGCCCCAUCAGACAAUAUUAACAAUUGCAAAGAAAGUAGAAGAUUUCAUUGAAAAAGAGGUGGAAGAGCACAAGGCGACCCUAGUUCUCGGAGAACCUCGGGAUUUCACUGAUGCGUAUUUGGAAGAAAUGCAGAAGGCAGGGAGGAAAGGUUCAAGUUUCCAAGAACAGCAACUACACAUCUCACUUUCUGACCUAUUCGUUGCUGGAACAGAGACAACAGCAGGAACACUUUUGUGGGGAUUCCUCUAUCUGAUGGCCUUUCCAGAAAUCCAAGAGAAAUGCUGGAAGGAAAUAGACACUGUUCUGGGAAGCAAUGCAAGCCUGAAGUAUAAAGAUAGAGAGAACUUGCCCUACACAAAUGCCGUCAUUCAUGAAAUCCAACGCAUUUCAAAUGUUGUUCCACUUGGAAUACCUCAUGCACCCAUUAAGGAUGUACAGCUUUUCGGAUAUAAAAUUCCCAAGGACACCAUGGUUUUUGUCAAUCUCCACUCUGCCCAUCGUGAUGAAUCUCAGUGGAAGUUCCCAAAGGAGUUCAACCCCUCCAACUUCCUAUAAGAGGAGACUUUGUAA